CACAAAUAAUGAAAAUGGAAUAUAAACACAAAUGUUGAACCGACGCCUGCGCGGGGAAAAUUUGGCGCCAUUCAGUGCGGGCGGCAGGAAGAAGUGGUGUGUUGUGCCUACCAUUUAAAAGAAUGACGGACAAAGAAGGCUCCAAAGUUGGGGAUGGUGGUGGGCCUGCACCAGACCUCCCGCCGACUCUGGCCUUGGCUGAAGUGGCACCUGCACCAUGCCUUCAAGACACAUUUGACGAUGCAGUGGAGGAGCGUGUCAUCAAUGAGGAGUACAAGAUAUGGAAGAAGAACACACCUUUCCUAUAUGACCUGGUAAUGACACACGCACUGGAAUGGCCAUCCCUCACCGCACAAUGGCUCCCUGAUGUCACAAGGCCCGAGGGAAAGGAUUACAGCAUCCAUCGGCUCAUCCUUGGAACUCACACCAGUGAUGAACAGAACCACCUUCUUAUUGCUUCAGUCCAGUUGCCCAAUGAAGAUGCUCAGUUUGAUGCCUCUCACUAUGACAAUGAGAAGGGUGAAUUUGGUGGAUUUGGCUCUGUUAGUGGCAAGAUUGAGAUUGAAAUCAAGAUCAAUCAUGAAGGUGAGGUGAAUCGAGCUCGGUACAUGCCCCAGAACCCAUGUGUCAUCGCCACCAAGACUCCCUCCAGUGAUGUGUUAGUCUUUGAUUACACCAAGCACCCCUCCAAGCCAGACCCAUCAGGGGAGUGUCACCCAGACCUGAGGCUGCGGGGUCAUCAGAAGGAGGGAUACGGCCUUUCCUGGAACCCAAACCUAAAUGGAUACUUGUUAAGUGCAUCUGAUGACCACACUAUAUGCCUUUGGGACAUCAAUGCCACACCCAAGGAGAACAGAGUCAUUGAUGCGAAGACCAUCUUUACGGGACACACAGCUGUUGUUGAGGAUGUUGCCUGGCACUUGCUACAUGAAUCUCUGUUUGGCUCCGUGGCUGACGACCAAAAGUUGAUGAUCUGGGACACACGUGCCAAUAACACCAACAAGCCCUCACACACAGUUGAUGCCCACACUGCUGAGGUCAACUGUUUAUCUUUCAAUCCUUAUUCAGAGUUCAUCCUGGCCACUGGCAGUGCAGACAAGACGGUCGCUCUGUGGGAUUUACGUAAUCUGAGCUUGAAGCUUCACUCGUUUGCCAUGCACAAGGACGAGAUCUUCCAGGUCCAGUGGUCACCUCACAAUGAGACCAUCUUGGCCAGCUCUGGCACAGACCGCAGACUACAUGUGUGGGACCUCAGCAAGAUUGGAGAAGAGCAGAGUGCUGAAGAUGCUGAAGAUGGACCACCAGAGCUAUUAUUCAUACAUGGUGGUCACACUGCCAAGAUAUCAGACUUCUCUUGGAAUCCCAAUGAGCCAUGGGUCAUCUGCUCUGUUAGUGAAGAUAACAUCAUGCAGGUGUGGCAAAUGGCAGAAAACAUUUACAAUGAUGAAGAGCCAGAAACUCCAGCAUCUGAAUUGGAAUCUGGAGCAUCUUAAGUGUGCGUGGUACUGUGGCAGUCUUGUCAUGUGACUGAGUGACUGGUUGACUGGUGAAUAUGAAGGAGGAAAACAAGAAAAUGUGAACUAAAUGAGUGGACUGUUUACACUGAAAUGAAGGGAGUUUUUGAGAAUAUCAUCCGAAGACUAAGGGAGUUCUUGUUAAUAUAAUGUACUCGUUUUUAUAUAUCACUUGAAGGCAUAAGGAUUUGUUUUAUAUUUCUCCUUUGCAUUAAUCAAGAAGUAAUUUUUGUGGAUUGUAAAUUGCUACUACAAGGAACUGAAAUACCUAACAGGCUUGGGCAUUGAGCCUGUUACUUUUGAAUUAGAAAUGAAAUACCCUCAUAGAUACUUUAAUAUCAAAUAAAAUGUCCAACACUGAAUUCAAAAA